AGCAAAUAGGGGUAUGCUCCCCUAUAAUCAUACAAGUGGAUCGCGAUCAUUUCCUAUAGCAAUGUCGCUAAUGGCAAAUGAGGAUGGGGAUAUAGAUUUCCCCGAAUUUUAUAAGAAAGCACACAAGUCUAAGAAGACGGGAGAUUGGAUUGACCCCAAAUGUGGUGAGCUACAUGAUGAUAUGGUGAAUCUACAAGUGACAGCCACCGCUACGGGGUUGCCAUUGACCCACGAAGAAAUAUCAAGGCAAGUGCUCGGGGAAAAAAAAAAUUACUUACGUGGAUGUGGGGUAGGCCCACAACCCUCUUCCACAGCUUCUAGUGCGGCACGAGCACGUGAUAAACAUAUGGAGUUAAUGAGAGCGAAAUUGGAGGUUCUUCGUGAGCAGCGUCAAAGUGAUCACGAGGAGUUGCUGAAGGAGAAAGAGGAGCGGCAAAGGGAUCGGGAGGAGCUAUUGAAGGAGAAAGAGGAGCGGCAAAGAGAUAGGGAGGAGCUAUUGAAGGAGAAAGAGGAGCGACAAAGAGAUCGGGAGGAGCUAUUGAAGGAGAAAGAGGCGCGCGAAAGAGAUCGGGAGGAAAUUACGAGGGAAAGAAAGCAGCUAAUCAAACAAGUUGAUGAAGAAAAAAAAGCACGGGAGGCACAACAACUACAACUCAAUCAUCUAAACGACGUGGUGUCACGGCUCACAACCCUCUUGCCAGGUUCAGAUGGUCAUCCUACUAUUCGGUAAACAUAAUUUUCUUA